UAAAAAAUCACGGAAAUUUCGUUUAAUUCUCGUGAAAAAAGUGCAAAAUCAAGAUGCCAGACUCGGAUAGAUCCUCCAGUGAUAACAGUUUCAACGAGGAAGCUCUCCCAAUCCCCAUUCAAGUGUUUUUAUGGAGACAAGUCAGCCCAUUUGUUAAACCAAAAUUGGGAAAAUUACACGAAGCAUCAUGCAUGUUUUGUCAACAUUCAAUGACUGGUCACCACGAACUUAAAGAAGCGUGUAAAAUAUUUGAAAAAGUGCUAGUCCAGAAUAUACAGAGUGGCCUAAAACCCGAUUUAUGUGAAGCAAUUCGUUCGAUACCGAGAUGGAAACUAAUUCAAGCCUCUCUUCCACAUGUGAUGCAUUCUGCUGCAAACUUACUGUUUACACGAAUGAAAGAUGGAAAUAUUCAAAGUUUGGGGGCUGUCGAAACAAAACUAAUGUACACUUUGCACUGGAUUAUUCUAGACGCUGCAGAAGAAUGCGCUGAUAGUGAUUUUGAAAAGGGCAUUUUUCAUUCUUCUCCAUUUUAUUAUUUGUUUUCUAUACCAACAAUAACACUUUUUGUAUAUUUAUUUGCCCCAAUGUGCCACCAUUUGAAAGAAUCGGAUUUUCAAAAUUUUCGGUUGGAAAAUGGACUCAAAAUAUGGCAGGCCAUGUGGGAGUUUCGACAUCCCGAGGCUUUGUGUUUCACCUCUCACUGCAAGCCUAAACCUAAAAACCUUUUGGGGAAAAACCUGAAGCAGAAGACUCAGUUUGGUGACGUUUUUCUAGGACGAAAGCCCUCCGAAGACGCUCUAGGGCACGAAAGCCCCCCAAGUCAAGGCAUUAGUGCCUCCAGUUCCGAACAACAACAUUUGUUUUCUUGUGGCCCAUCUUCGACCACAGUGACAGUCACAGCCACUAUUACAAAAAUCACCGAUGACGAGAGCAAUUGGGUUUCAUCCCCCAAAGAUACGGUUUUUCCUGAAACAAUUCCUGAAGAAAGUUCUAGUACUGAAGAAGAGCACGUUGUUAUUUUUCGACUACCAUCACUGCAUGAAUCAGAUGGAUUUAUCCGAGAUCCGUCAAUUUAUACGGCUGAAACUAGUUUAUUUCAAUUGGCUAUGAGGAAAACUGGGAGUAAAAAUAAUGUCAAAAGUGGGGAAGUUUCAACUCCUGUGGGGGCAGAAACCAAACCAAAAUCAACCAUACAAAAAAUCGGAUUUAUAAAAACUUCUAGUUCAUCAACUGAUAAGGAUUCAGUUGAUAGCAGUAAACACGCGUCAACUGACGGACCUGGAGGAGACAUGGAAGGCUCCCGGAAGACUCUUUCCGGUCAAACCGGAGAUAUCACAACAGCGACUUAUCUCGAUGUUGCUGUUUUGAGAUGUUUAUUUAUAACGCAUUGGCAAGAAGAAGGGAUUUACUGGGCCUUGCACUAUUUAUACAACAGAUUGAGAGAUAUAAGCGAAGAAUCAGCUGCACAACAACAACCCCGUCGAAGAAGCAACUCUUUACCAAUACCCAAAAUCGAAGUUUCGCUUUACCAAAGCACCGAACUGAAGAAACAAGAAAACAACAAAGACUUUAUCGAAGUUCCGGAAGUAAAAGACGUGUCACUUUUAGCAGAAUCUCCUUACACCAAUAAAAAAUUAGAUGAACCAGUUCACUUAAGACGAGUCAGCGAAAAAAGUAAAAAACGAAUGAAAAUGGCGGAUCUUAAAGCUUUCGUUGAGACAAAACUCUUAUCAAAAUCUGAUAAAGCGUUGGAGAAGAUCGGCCAAGACGACCCCAAACCACUAGGAGAACAUGCGGUGGGUUCAAGACGAAUACUUAGUGACUAUCAUCGCAGUUUAGACACUGGUGAUGAGCACUUAUCAAGACCAAGUUCUGCAAUGUCGAAAAUGUUUGAACCAAUGCCCAGCAAUCUGGUCAAGGGAAAAAGCAUGCCGAGUUUAAGCUGUUUAAUAGAUGAACUAACCUCUGGUGGGUACAUUGGUGAAAUCCACUGGGACCGCCGAAGACAGAGUCGCUUUGAGCGCCCAUCGCAACCCAUGGCAAACCCCAUUAUAACUGUUACAGAGCACUCACCAACCCCAUCACCGGAUUACCUCAAAAGACAGGGAUCCAUGGAUAGUCAAUUAGACGCUGCUAGUUUAUCUGGGAGUAAAUUAGGGAACUGGUUUGAGAGAAAAGCAAGUCUCACGCGUUCCCAAACCGAUUCCAAUAUCACUUAUGCUGGUGAAGAUAUCCCAGAAGCUCCAGGUUCUGCAUGCUACAUCACCAAAGAAGGUGAUAUUGAUUUCCAAGUUGUCCUCAAAGCGGUUCAUGCAACAUCUCUGCGUGAAAAUUCGACUUGCACGUUGCGAGUUCUUGAAGUUAUAUUAAAUCUAAUCGAACUUUUGAUGGACAUUGGAGUUUUGAAACAAUGUUUAAGAAAUGAAAUAAGUGGGAGUGCUUCUGGACAAGCUACCAGUCCAGGAAAAAAAGUACCACCAAGUACCACAUAUGCCUCGUUGGGUGGAGAAGUAGAAAAAUCAACGAAACCAAUGACGGCCCAUAGAAUAAUCAUGAAUGUUAUAAUAAAGGUUCUUAAACACUUGGGUUGUCCACAUGGGUGUGCUGAUGGACAAAGAGGACCAGCAGCGGAAUUUUUAAGAACCCAAUGCCAAAACAUUCUAGCUAAACUGAACCGAGCAAGUGGAAAACAAUUUAAAACUUUCUUAAGAGAUUAUGUUAAAAAUCAAACAAUUCCUGAUAUUUUAGACUUCUUUCAUUCUUACGUCGGCUAUUGCAUCGAUCCAAGCUCUUUGUUGUCUCCAUUGAGCGUAGGUGGUGGAGGAAUGCGAGGGGUUGAAGGCCAAAUCAUGACACAUGUUUUCAAACCAUUGGUCACUAGGUUUGUUAGUUCGGCGAAAGAACUGAAAACGCCUGAAAAUUUGGGAAUAUACUGUGAAGUGCGGCAACUUAUGACCUAUGUCAAAGAAGGACAUGGUAGCGUUUUCAGAAGAGUUGCUUUGAGUGCACUCAUUGAUACUGCAGAUAGGCCAAGCAAAAAAGAACCAAAUACGCAAACAACUCGUGUUAUACGGCAUAUGCACUACUCGGAAAUGGAAGAUCAAGCAGAUAUUCCAACCGAUACCUCAUAUAUUGAUGAAAAAGGGGUUCGAAAGCUUCUGUUCAAAAAACGAAGCACUUCUUCAACUUGCGCGAGUUUAUUGGAAACUGAAGCUGAAGAAUUGUCUAAAAUUAGCCAAAGUCCUUUAGGCAACAUCCGCAAACGCCAUAUUCUAACUCCACGUCAAAGUGAGAAAGCUCUUGGUAUUUCAGAACCAGUCUCCAAGACCAAAUCCAAAUCUAAACUCGGUGGAAUUGUAAAUUGGUUCAAAAAAAGUGAUCAAACAUCUCUAGACAACAACGAAAACCUUGAUAAUGGCGAUUCUGGAACUGAUACUGCAAGCUUUAUACGCCAACCAUCGAAAUACUACCCGAAUAAAAGCGGAAAAAGCAAUGUUGGGCAAACCCUCCAAAAAGCCAAAAGACGCGUCGAAGACCGUUUCAACAAAUACGUGUUGAAAAAAGGUAAGAAGAAAGAUGGUAGUACCGAAGAGUCAUCAGGUGGCUACCACAGUCGUAGGAACUCAGUCGAAAUGGGGGAAUCUUCCCGGGAAUCAGAAUUUGUUGUUUUCAAAGAACGAAAAUUGGUAGCAACUGCGCCCGUAUAUCAGGGAGCUUUACGAUUAUCCUUUUUGCUUGAAACUUGCCCUCCAGGAUCAGUACCAGAUGCUUAUCUUCUUGCCUCAAUGUUAGACUUGCCUCACUCUACUGUUGUUGCAAGAGCAACUUUGUUCCUCGAAUGCGCUUAUUUCGUCCACUGUUGCAAUAAAGGCCAAUGGCCAUCUUGGAUGAAACUCAACUUUCCAAUGUUUCGUCCUUCUGGUCCACUGCCACCUCGUGGUCCCACCACGGGUAUCAGGAGAUCGCAUAUUAUGCAAAAAGCAGCAGGAAAAAUGUUUUACCAAUGGGCUGAAGUUCUAGGGCAACGUCUUGAAGAGAUUAUCAAUGAGGAUAAGCAAUUGGAACCACAAGUUGCAGCAAUGGUGUUAGAUGAACAAAAACAGAGGGAACUUUUAAUGCAAGAUGAAGAGGAAGAUUUUCUAGAUGAAGCGAGUAUUAAUACGUAUGGUUCAAGUUGUCCCAUGGCUCUUCGGCUUAUUGCCUGCAUUCUACUACACGAAAUUACUGGUUUUCUUAGGGAGACUUACCAAACAUUACCGAAAUCUUCACGAAUGACGGGGAAGGAGCGACCAGUCCCCUGGGAACGGUACUACAGCAAAGAGGCAAAUCGCAGGUGGAGCAUGGCAUUGUCGUCUAUGGGACACUCGCAGACUUCUGCCCAAAGUCUUCAGUCAAUCGCUGGUGACAGAGACUCAGGUCAAGCUGAGCGUAAAAUCAGUUUCGUACUACACGAACCUGACAACGAAUCUGAAGGAAGCAGUAACACAACUGUUACAAUGCAGGCAAUGAUGCAGGGUGAAGAGGGUAAGCGUAUUGGUGGCCAACCUCCACGUCCUUACUUACUUCGAAGAGGCACUGCAGCCCCAACUGGAGGUUCCUUCAAAAGAAGGAGUUUGAAACUGAGACGUGGUACCAAAGAAGGGAAAGAUAUGGAAAUUGAAUGGAGGAUUCCAGAAACGGUGAAAAGGACUGAUUCAAUUCAAUCCAAAAGAAAAGUUAGUUCCUUAUCUGACAGGAGUGAUACUUCUGAACCAGGAAUGCCAGGGGAGGCAAGCGGGGAAGAGUCUCCAGGGGUGCUUAGCGAUGAUCAACCCCCAGAAAGUCCAAGUGACAGUAACGAUACUGAUGACACCACGAAAAAUAUGCCUUGGAUGAAGAUUAUGGUCCAAGUUUCAAAUUCGUUUUAUUAUUUUUGCACGCACCAAAAUUUUUGCCAUCCAUUUUGCUAUCGACGUGUCAUGAGAGCUUGUAGUCGGCUUGUGAAAGCAGUCAGGAAAGUCUACGGAGAAGAAUUUGGGGUUUUAGAUGAUAAACUCAACAUGGAUUUUGGUGGCAAGAAAAAAGGGAAAAAAGACAAAAGUCAUAAUCGGAAAGUGUCCGAUCAAACUAGCUCUCAAGUGUCUCCCAUUCGGAGAAAAGACAGUGUGGGCAAAAAAGACAAGAUUGAGAAAAAUUUAGAAGGAUCACAGUUGAGUAAAUUAGCCUCGAAGGAUUCAUCCAGAGAUAUCGCAGAUUCUGAAACUGGACAAGACUCCUCGAAGAGUAACAAUGAUGAAAAACCUUCAGAACCCCCUCCAAUCUUGAAGUACAUCAAAACACAAGUCAAAGAUGCUUUCCACAGUCCUCUUGCUGUUCUACUCAAAGGAGCAGUAAUUCUUUCUGAGGAACAUUUCAUUGAGAUAAUUCCAGUGGCUUGGGAACUUUUGCUUGAAACCAACCAAGAAGUAACAGCAUGUGCUGCUUCUUUAUUUAUUUUAGCAGCGGUAAAAGCCCCUCAACCAGUGGCCGAAAUUAUGCAACAUGGCCUCUCUCAUCCAGAAGCAGCAGUUCGAAUCAAUGCAAUUCUGAGGUUCCAAGUUUUGUGGAAAAUGAGAUACCAAGUGUGGCCAAGAAUGGAGGAAAAUGCCCACAUUUUAUUCAAAGUACCACCCCCAGGAAUCGAGUUUACUCUCCCAUCGCCAAAAAUUGGAAUUGAAUCAUUGGAUGUUGUCGAUUCCCCUUGGGAACUACUAGUGAAAACCAAAGUUGAAGAAGUUACCAUCAAUCAAGAACGACAUAGAUCUUUGGUGACUGCUACAAAAACGCGCAAAAAACAACAAACUGAACUUAUAAAAAUGGCCUUGCAAGCACAAGAUGAUAAAAAGCGAGAAGAGAGGGAGAAUUUUUUGAUAACGACAAUUCCCAUCACGAUUCAAGCUGCACAUGAACCAAGUCUUUAUCACACGAGUGAAGAACACGAUGAAGCUGAUGAUGAGCAAGCUGAAGGACAAACACGAAACACAGUCCAUCAUCUACAUUCAGCUCAUUCUCUUUUCCCUUCUUGUUUAUGUUCAGCAGUUGUUCAAAUAAUCACUUUACUUGAUGACGCGGCUGUUUCUGCAGACGGUAAUGCAGUUUAUGAAGUUGCUUACCAAGUCAUUUGGUGUUGUUUAGUCGAAGACAGUGCUUUAUUUCUAAGAUAUAUACUAGAACGUCUAACACGAGAGAAACAAGAACAAAUGUUUAAAAUUUUACGGCAUGUCAUUAGAUUUAUUCCAAAAUUGCCACAACAGGCAGCUUUUGCAUUAUACAAUUACAUCAUUGGAUAUGUGAUGUUUUAUGUGAGGAGUCCUCACGAAGAUGGUCAAAUGUUAAUAGGAGCAGCUUUAUCACUCUUAUGGAUGGUUGUUCAUAGUGUUCAAGGAAUCAUGUUCAAAGAUUUGAAGCAAAUCCUGAGAAAGGAACAAUGUGAUGCUUCUAUUUUACUCACAGCUAAUGUUCCAUCUGCUAAGAAAAUUAUUGUUCAUGGGCCUCAAGAUCCAGAUGCGGGUGGAAUUCCCUCCCAAUUCCCGAUUCAAGAAGAUACACAAUUUUGUCAAAUUCUAAGAGAAGCUUUGGACUUUUUUGGAAUUGAUGAUAAUCGACAUAAAGAAUUCUUUUUAGUGGACUACAAAACACACCAAAUACGAAAUCCAUCUUCCUACGUUCGUGAUUAUUACUUUUUUAAACGAUCGCAGUACCCACAGCUAGAAUUAAUCCACAUGAAGCCUGAGGAUGCUUUUAACGCUUUGCAAAAACAAGAGCUUUUGCACAAAUUUGUUGAAAUCGGUAAAGUUCUUCUCACUUGGGCCAUCUUGAAAAACGUGGAUAUGGUGGUUCAAAGAGUUGUGUUUCUUCACGAGGAGUUAAUGAAACUUCCGUCAUUUCCUCGAAAAGCUCUCGAGUCUGAUUUGGACCUCUACAAGGGAGGAACACUCGGGAAGGAGCUUUUAGGGUUAGAUGUCCUCCACAAGUUUAUGUGGGUGCGACUUAUUGCCAGGAUGUUUGAGGCAAUGGCUGGGAAUUUUGCCUAUUCUGGUGAUAUUCACCUCUUCCUCAAUGUUUUAAACGGUUCUGUGAUACUACAUUCGGAAGAUGCGUGCAUUUUGCGAUAUGUAAUGGCAACUUACAUCAAUGCGGCGUUUCACUUUAAAAAUAUUUUCUCAACUAAUGGUUAUUUACUGAUUAUGCCAACAUUGUUGAAAAUCUACUCUAACCACCAAACAAAUAAAUUGGUGACUACCACAGUUGAAUAUGCGGUAAAGCAGUUUUAUUUAAUGAAUCGGAAGCCUUUUAUUUUGCAAAUGUUUGGUUCCGUUUCUGCAAUGCUCGAUACUGACGAAGAGGGAACUUUCGGAGACGCACAUAAAAUACAGUCAAGCUGUCUUUUCAAUCUUUUGCUAAGUUUAGAAACACCAUCACCAGAUCCUCUAAACAUCGCUGAAUUAGUCAAAGAAGAUAAGCCUUUAAAAGCAAUCGAUUUCUGUUAUCAUGACGAAAAUGAAAUGGUGACGAUUCUAGACUGUAUAUCGUUAUGUGUGAUGGUGGUUUCUUACUCAUCUGAAAGUGUGAGAGGAUACCAAAUGCUGAUAAUUUUGGAAGCUAUUUUGCCGUGUUAUGUACAACAUAUUCAACUACCGUCAUACAACAAAGAAGGAAAGACCGAGAAAGAGAUAAUCAAUCAACUUGCUGUUUCUAUCAAGACUUUAGUCAACAAUUGUGAAGCAUUGACAAAGAGUUACAAUGGACCUUAUCGGUCAAGUCCAGAACACAAGGGUUCCAGUCAAAGAAACUACAGUCGAGGUCCUUACUCUCCAGGGUUUGAUUUCGAGGACGAAUCACAUUCGAAAUUUAUGAGUGAGCAUUCGAGAGCUAAAAGUAUGUAUGAACAUGAUGUGGAAGACUCGGAGGUUCUUAGAGCGGAAUAUAGAAGACCACGAGAUGUUCUUCUUUCACUUGUGGGAGAGUUUAUGUGUAGGGCAACUGCAAGGUUAAUUGAACUAAACAAGAGAAAUAACCAAGAAGGAAAAAGCAUCGAACUUCUUGAUAUAAGAUCGCACAUUCGACUUGCUGAUAUUGCUCACACUUUAUUGAAAGUUUCCCCAUAUGAUCCUGAAUCCAUGGGUUGUAGAGGUCUUCAGCACUACAUGAGUUACAUUCUACCGUCAACAGAAUGGGCAAAUGAUGCCAUGAGACCAGCACUAGUGACAAUUCUCCGAAGACUAGACAAGGUUUUCCAGAAAAUAUCAAAAAAACCAUCAAUUCGGAGGAACACCGAUUGGGAUGCAGCUGCAGGUCUUUUGAAGGGAAUUUACGACACCAUGGUCAAGUACCCUUAUAUCAUGCACUGGCAACAUAUUAAAGCACUGGUUAACACGUGUCAGUUUUUGAUAGUCACUGAUUGUUACCCCAAUGAAGGUGUAUCCUCAGCCACUGCAGCUCUGAUGAGUCAAGCACCCCCACCCCAUUUCUGUUCAAUGGUGGUGCGAUUGAUAGCUCUCCAAAUUCAAAGUACCACCGAUAACUUUUCUCUUGAGCAAGUUUGUGGCGGAAGUUCCACUUUCGCCACUCAAGACAAAACAGAAAGCAUGAUAAUGAAUCUUAUAAUGCCGUUGUGUUUGCGUGUUGGUAGUGGUCGAAAGGAUGUUUCUGCUAUGAAACAAAGUGAUGUUAGUUUUGCCAUAACUCUAGUAUUACACGCAAUGAGUCCUCCCAGUUCAAAAUCAGUGGCAUCCUCAGGUCCAAAUUUAAAAUCAACUUCGGAAAUUCGAACUGGUAGUUUGACUUUUACAGGCACGAGGGACACCAAAACAUCAUCCAAAAUUAACACUUCUUUGUACCAAGUCUCUUUUCUCGCGUUAAAAAUCAUGAUGAUUUGUUUCGAAGGGGAGCUAAUAACGGUUUGGACGCGAAUUGCUCGCACCAUGAGAGAGUUGGGGAAAAGGAACGAAGCAGCAACGUUUCUGUGGGACUUUUUAGACUUUGUUGUCACUCAUCGAACACCGUUAUUUAUUCUCAUGCAACCGUUUAUUUUCCAAAAGUUGGCACAACCCCCAAUCUCCGACUUUGAGCGAACAAUCCACUCGAGGAUUAGGGACAAAAUUCGGGGUAUUGGACUUCCGUUUCCUAAAAGUCGAGGAGCGCUACUUAUGGAACUUGCACACGAAAUGAAAGAACUUAAGGAAGAACUAGAAGAUGCUUCAGAAAAUAGUGAUCCAAAGAAGCAAGAAGUAAGUCAACCAACUGUUCAAAUGACCAGUGAAACGAACCAUGGACGCCACCAGAGACAUUCCCUAAUAGGGUUAUUUACGGGAGAUCAUGGAUCUAAAGGCUCCACAGAUCAUCCACAUACCACACUUCCAGCAAAAGUUCCAGAAUCGUCCACUAGCACUAGUCAUGUGUCAACCCCCAAAGAGGCAGCAAGCGAUGGACAGGAUGCCAAUGCUAAUGGUACUUCCACUCCUUGUAAUGCCCUAAUUGAUCGUUCAUCUCAAAGGUCAUCUGUGAGUGACGACCAUGGUGUCCAAAUGCCUAAAUCUGAAUCCCUAAUGUUCCAUAAGGCUCAUAAACUUCGUUUUGUGUCUUCUGUAGAGUUUAGACAUUCUUCAGGGGAAACUUCAACCACACCGUUGAGUCCUGGAAGUCCAGCUGAUGACAGUUCUGGUGAAAAUCACCCAAGUAAAUCACGACUUCAACGCAUUAAACCACAAAGCCGGAAAACUUUCAGAUUAAGGAAAAGCCGGAAAAAUAGUCGAGUCGAAAUCUCACACAGCAAGCUACAAUCUGAGGAGACUCCUCCUCAACCUUAUUCUCCAACACCACAACCAACUGAACCAAAAGAAGAACCACCAAAUAACAAUAACCAACAGCCUCAACAACAAAUCUCCGAUCAACACCGGUUGAGAAUUUCCAUGCGUGGUAAACCAACUGAGAGUUCUUGGGACGAAGAUAGUGCCAUUUCGCAGACUUCAAGCACUUCGGGGUAUAGAGAAUCUUAUCCAGUUAUGCAUCUUAGGGAGAAUUUGGAGUCAAGUCCCAAGUCGUUUCCACCACUGGCGUCCCCAGAUAUUCAUGAUUUGCCUUCCACAAGCAGCGCAACAACGACAAAUUUGCAAUGUGACAACAGUUCACCCGACUGUUCCUUGAACGAAAAUGGGGAAAGAACCGCUUUGUUAAGUCACACGGAACGGUCUUCCUCGCAACAUUCCUUGCUGAUGGUGUUUGAGCAGCAAGAUGAGACGACACUUAUAUAAUUAUCAAUAGUAAUAUCUCGAGUGCAUUUACAAAAAAAAAAAAUAUUUUGAGGAAUUAAAAAAAUAUACAGGCUGUAUUAUGAAAAA